AUGUCAUUUACACAAAUGCGUAUACAAUCACUCUCUACACAAUUAUAUCGCUGUUAUAAAUGGCAACUUUCUCGAAAAUUCUCAGUAUAUCCUAGUAGAUGUUUGUAUGGUCACUCUAUUAACAUUCGCAAAGUUUGGAGUUCAAAUAUCAUCCAGCCUAAACAAGCUUUUUGUUCAGAUUCUGUAACCAGUGCACAGUCGCAAUUACCAUCGACGAUUACAUCAGAUAACUCCGAAUUGUCUGAUGAUCAAGAUGCAAUCAAAGGCAAAAUGUAUAUUGAAUUCACUUGCAAGAAGUGCUCUACUCGGUCAAUUAUAAUUCGUUGCGACGGGUGCCAGAAUCUACAUCUAAUUGCUGAUAACUUGGGAUGGAUUAAAGACAAUAAUUGGAAAAUAGAGGAUUGUGUAAAGGUUGACAAGAAAUCAGUCUGUAUAGCUUAG